UGAAGUGUCAAUUGGUGUCAUUGUUAUUUUGUAAUUUGUUAUUGUUUGAGAAUUUUUAGAGUUUUAGUGACUGAUUAUUAAAAUCUGUUCAUCAACUUGUGGAUACAAUGGAUAUAUACCGAUAUCCCCCGUAUCAAUACGGACAAUCAGAUGAACUAUCUAAACAAAUGUUUGCCCAGCAAGCCCUGUCUUCCGGCCUUCCUUUUGAUCGUCCAGGGACCAGCCAAGAGCCGCAUUCCAUGCCGAUACCAUCUGGUGCUCCAUGGAAUAUACAAGGCGUUUCUUGGGGUUUAUCUUCGCCUCCUCAAUUAGUUCAGUUCACUGGACAACCGUCAAUAGAUUCUAAGCCUUCACACACAAUUUUGCACUCUAAAAGAAAAAGUUUGGAUGUCGAACCUGUCAUUCCAGCAAAACAGUUAAUAACAGAAGAGAAAAUGGCAGCACAUUUGAAUGGUCUUCACAUAUCUUCAGACUACACAGCCCAUUCUCUGGCAGCACCAUCAGAUGAAAAUAUGGAUCUUGGCAUGGAUACUGCAAUGUCUCUCAGUGAAAAACUGAAAGGUCACAAAAUAGUUCUUUCCGAAGAGCUUAAAAAAUUACAAGAAGAACCUUUGUUACCCGCUACUCUAAUAGAAAGACUAGAAAAGCCACAUAUGUCACUAGUUGUGUGGAAACCUCGGGAUAAUAUUUUGGAGAAGAUAAAAGAAGUAGAGGAGAAACCGCAUGAAGAAGAGAAGAAAAGACCAGGUGUGCUUGUUACUGAUAUAUCCCCUAUGGAAAUGGAGAUGUCAUGAAAUGUUUGUGAAUAGUAAGGCAAUGUUCACAUUGAAUAUUAACUACUGACAGAUAAUUGAAUACCCAAUUCAGUGAGUAUUAUGUUUUUUGGUGACUGGCUUCUUAAUGGUGAGUUUUAUAUAUGUACAUAUGUUCACAUUUGAUAUACUUUGGAAUACCAGACAUAAUAAUAUUAUUUUAUAUAUAAACAAUUGAAAUUCAUGGUUAAGUUUAGCAUUUACUGUAAAAUAAGAGUUAUGACUCAUUUCUUUGUAUAAAAAGACAAUAUACAACAUUAGCAUUAUCAAAGAAACCCAUACUUUUUUGUAUGGCUUAACUAAGUAUUUGAAAACAAAAGCUAUGUUGGGAAAGAAUUAAGAAAAAUGUUUAGUGAUACUGUUUUAUAAAGGUCUAGCUGUUGCAUAUGACUUUGUCUGUAUGAAAUAAAAAAUAAUAAAAAUCACAUAUGUUACUCAGUUACAAAAUAUUUUUAUUGGGGAAAGAAUCUUUGA